UUGAUUCAAUUGGUCUUGCAAAAUCACAUACCCUCGAAUUCAUCUGCAUUUUGUUACAUGAGACAUCACCACCAAGAUAAUCAAGAAAUCUUGGCUACAAUGGAUACCCACAAAAACCCUAAUCUUGAAGAAACCACCAACAACCUCCAUCUUCUGCCAUCACCAUCAUCUUGUUCUUCACGAGAUUUCAGGAGAACCCAUCUUCAAAACAUGAAUCGUGUUCCGAAGAAGAUCAAUGAAGACGAAGGCCUCGCCGUCAAAAAACCUUCUCUUUCUUGCUCUUCGCUGCAGGCAGCCGGCAAACAAGAAGAAAUCAUGACACCACCACCACCACCACCAUCGCCGGGAAAGAUGGUGGUGGAGGAGAGUGGAAGAGAGAGGCUAAAGAGGCAUCGAGCGGAUAUGGCGGGUCGGGUUUGGAUCCCAGAUAUAUGGGGACAUGAGGAUCUUCUGAAAGACUGGAUUGACUGCACUGUGUUUGAUUCUUCAUUAGGUAACAACACCAUAAUGUCAGCUCGAGCAGCUUUGGUUCAAGAAGGAAGAUCAACCCUAAGGAUAGAGAAUCGAUGCUAAUUAAUU